UAUGAUCUCUUCUAUUUCAGCCGCAGUUUGGUUUUUGUAUGUGUUGGGUUUGCACUUUCUGGCUUUGUUACUAGAGGCAUGUCUAUCUAUGCGCCCACUCUACUCAAUACUACUCGCAUUAUGGCAAAUACAACCUGGACUUGUGUAACAACGGAUUGCACAUUUGAUGAAAGUUUGACCUACGGACUGGGCAAAUGUCUUUCUACUGCAAGCGGCAUUAUUAUCGGCGUGGAGAUCAAUAAGCAUUUCCAAAAGCGGAAUCCGUACGGAGCGCCAGUUGUGUGCGCCGUCGCACUUCUGGUCUCUGUGCCCCUUCUCUGCAUUGGAUUAUUGCUCGUAGGAAUUAGUACCGUUGCAUCCCAAAUUCUCUUCUUCAUUAGUGGGAUUUGCCUUGCUGUGAACAAGGUUCUUGUCAACGAAAUCAUUCUGAUGGUAGUCCUUCCAAACCGCCGUGGUUGGUCAUUUACUGAAAAGGCAACUCUCGGAUGGCUUGGAAAUGUAGGGGGUGAAUACGUUUUGUAUUGGGCUUCUAAAUUACUGGAGAUAAAGUUCCCCCAUUCUGAACUGAUACAGAAUCACAGAAUGGAAUUUCUUCUCUUCAUUUACCCACUUGUGGCUUUAAUCGGAGCAGGAUAUUUCCUGCUAACGGCGAAAUACCUUAAAAAGGAUGCAGAAAAAGUUACCCAAUUUUUGAAUACACCGACCAUAGAUGAAGAGCAACCGGAGAUACCAUAAAAUAUAUGGUAACCAUAGGAAGCCAGCACUCACGUUAUACCGGAAUCUGGCAAUACAAGAGCCUCGGAGUAAGAAUACCAAACCGUCACUCUCAUUGUACAGAAUCUUUUCUGCAUCUUAAGAUGGAACCUCUGUUCUUCUAAUAUGAACGGAUGGCCUCGUCUUCAUCGAAAUGAUCUACUGAUACCAAAGUGCCCUGAAAAUAUAUACGACGCUUAUUACGUUUGACGUGAUUUCGAGCAGUGAGACGUCUCCUUUCCCAAUACAGCCGUCUUCAGGAACAAUUAUCAGGAUCAUCUAUGGAUGAAUUACCGUUAUAUUGUUAUAUGUAUUUUCAAAUAAUAUUGUUUAUACUUUAUGAAACUAUCAAUAAACUAUGUUUAAAUAAAAAAUUGCUUUUUGUUAAA